CAGAAAGAGUUAAACGCAAGCUUUCUGGCAUGAUGCACCAGAGUCAGAAUCAGAAACAGUCGAAAAUGUUAUCCAAUCAACUGCUGGGCGUGGCAGCGGCGCCGUCGCAAUUGAUGACGCCCAUCAGCAGCUACAAUGGGAAUGGAAAUAGUCCCAGUCCCAAUGGGUCGUAUGUGCCAGAGAUCAAGGCCGAGCAGCUGCUCUAUGAGCUGGACAGCACGCGCAGCUGUCCCUCGGCAGCCAGUUCGUACAACAACUACAGCUACUUUCCUGCCUCGCCCAGCUCCAGUUGCAGCACAGCGGACAGCUUUGCCCCUGGCCAACAGCAACAGCAGGAUCACUUACUGCAGAUGCUCAACCAGCAACAGGACAACUUAAAUGUGACAAUGAGUGUGAAUAACAACGCCAACAAUUGGAACACAACAACGUUGUUCAACGGAGGCAGCAUAACACCCACCAAUCUCAACAAUGGAUAUAACAACAACAAUAAUAACAAUGUCUUCAGUGCCACAAGUCCAGCAGCAUAUCAAACUGGUUUCAUGCCAACGCCACAGGCAAUCAAAGCUCCUCAGCUCCUGGUCCAACCGCCACCGCCUCCUGCACAGCCCCAGCAGCAACUCGAUGAGAAUCCGUCCUUAAGCGAUUUAAUUAUGAGCAGCACCUUAAUGGACUACACGACGAUAGAGCAAAUGGAUCCAAAUGAUAUCAUGAUGGAUCUACAGGCGACGCUCUGUAAUCUGGAAAUGGCAAGUCAGGCAAACAAUCAAAACAAACCCGAUAAUGCAUAUAAUGUGUAAUAUACGUAUGCAUAGAGAUAUUUGUAUGUAACAUAUUUGUAGCGUUAGUUGUAUAUAGAUAUAAAUAGUUAUUAUAAACAUAGAUUGUUAUGCGAAUCUCAUUUUAUAUUCGAAUCGUUGUGUUAACAUAAAAUAAAAAUGAAACCAAUAAUUUUAAGAUAGUACACUA